CCCGGUGCCCAUGCCCUGGCAGCGUCCGGCCGCGGGCCUCGCCUUCUGCGCCUGCCACCUGGCGGCACACCUCACCAACAAGUACGUGCUGACUACCUUGAAGUUCACUUAUCCCACGCUUUUCCAAGGGUGGCAGACUUUAAUCGGAGGACUCCUGCUCCAUCUGUCCUGGAAGCUUGGCUGGGUGGAGAUCAGUAGCGGCUCAAGGUCUCCCGUGCUGGCCUGGCUCCCUGCUUCCGUGCUGUUUGUCGGCAUCAUCUACGCGGGCUCCAGGGCGCUCUCUCGACUGCCCGUUCCCGUGUUCCUCACCCUGCAAAGUGCAGCCGAAGGGCUCGCCUGCGCCUUCCGGAAGAUCGUGCUGAGGGAGCGUACAUCUCUUCCAAAGAUCUCUAGCGCGGUCUUCGUCCUGGCCGCAGCAGCCUGCCUUCCUCAUCAUGAUGCUCAGUUUGAUCGGGAAGGAUAUUUUUGGGCCCUAAGUCAUCUACUGUGUGUAGGGGCUUACAAGAUACUUCACAAGGCCCAGAAGUCUAACGUGUUAAGUGACAUCGACCAGCAGUACUUAAACUACAUAUUCAGUGCGGUGCUACUGACCUUUGCGUCUUACCCAACAGGUGAACUGCUCAGGGCUGUGGAGUUUCCAUUCCUGUAUUUCUACCGGUUUCACAGCAGCUGCUGGGCCAGUGGGUUCCUGGGAUUCUUUCUGAGCCUGAGCACUGUGAAGCUGAAAAGCCAGACGGCUCCCGGACUGUGCACAGCGUGGAUGGUCUUUGCCAAGGUGAUCACGGCCGGGUUAUCAUUAUUGUGUUUUGACAUGGUCCUGAACCCUCCCGUGGUGUGUUGCCUCCUGCUCGGUGGACUCGGAGAAGCCUUGCUGGUCUACUCGGAAAGGUCUAGCACGUAGAGAAGAGGUGGGGCCGACCCCGGAGCCCUGAGGCAGCAGGAGGAUGGAUCAGCCCCUAUGAUGCACGGGAAGGAAAAAACCAGGGCAGCAACGAGAACGGAACCGGAUGUCCCAACCCGGAUGGGUCCGUUCAGUCCCACUUCCCCCAAGGAGGGGAAGGAAGACCUGAGUGGCAGAGAGAAACUGAGGCGGUCAGAACCACCUGCAUGCCUGAGAGUGACUGACUGGAUGGCCCGGUUGCUCUUGGUGCAGACUUCAACUCUAGGGACCCAGAGUUCCUGCGAAGGAAGAAACAGUACUGCUUCCUCGCUGCUUCUUGUGCUGCUCCUCUGGCAUUCUUGAGGUGCAGGUCUUUGGGGCCCGGUUCCUGUCAAGAAACAUACCCCUCUCCCCCAGACUCCCAUCCUCGCCUCCUGAUUCAAACCCGAGAGGGGUCCGGCUUCUCUGGCCAGAGUCCAGCGGGCUCGCUGUCCAUCUUGUUUGGCAUCCGAGCUGCCGGCCAGUUAGUGUGAAGCCGGGCUGGAAGAGUGACCGGAUUCACCAUUUGGGCAUUUACAUUGGGCUUUCCUCUUGCUGUUCCACUCAGGGUCCCUCCGGCCAGCCCGGAUCACUGGGGAUCGGCAGGUGGAACAGGCCUACAAGAUGGGGAGGGGAGGUAGGGUCUGGGGGUAGCAGAUGACGCUGUGUGUGUGUGUGCUUUCUAUACAGAUGUUUCUGGAAGAAGGCAUGUGAUCUGAUUCAUUCCCCAGGGUGCCAGAGGAAGUUGAAAUCAUUCAGUGAGGAGAGGGUUUUGAAUUCUGCUGAGAUUUGGUCUUGGAUGGUGCCAAUGGUGAGGGGGCCCGUAUGCCUUUCUCAACUGGUUUGGGUUCACUCCCCAGUCACCCCGGUUUCUCCCCGCUGCCGACCCUGGAGUACAAUAGUCAGAUAACUCAGAUGGGUUCUAUUUUGUUUUAAGUGUUGGGAGCUAAUAAUGGAAGAGGCCUCACACGUCCAGAAUUUUGCCUUUCCUUUUUGGCCCCAAAUCCAGUCAUUCUCCUUCCACUCCACAUCUCUGACCUAGACUGACCCCUCUAUCUUGCCCUGCCCCUUGGCUAGGGCUGGUGCUCUAACUGCUUGCCCCCACCAGCCUUCCUCCCCUUCUUCCUCCUCCUCCCCCUCCUUCCUCUCCUCUUCCUCCUCCUGUACUUCCUCCUCCUCCCCCUCCUUCCUCUCCUCUUCCUCCUCCUGUACUUCCUCCUUCCCAAAACGGGCCAGCCCAAGGACCCCCUUGAACAAUCCCACCCACCCCGGGCUCAGGCUUUUUAUGACAGUUUUUUUUAGCCAGUGGUCCAGUGGGCACCCAGCUGCAAAAAUACCCUUACUGAGCCUGCAUCAGGCCAGGGUGGACAAUCUGAUCAUCGUUAGAACUGUUCAGGGAGAAGUUUCUCACAUAUCAACAUCAAAACAAGGUUCUCUCAAGAAAAGAGUUCCCGCACACUGCCAUCAGAAGGUGGGGGAAUCGAUACGGCUUUCGUUUUUGCAAGAGGAAGUCCCUGUGCAAAACAGCACCCGUGUAAUAUCACCUCAAGGAACUUGCUCGGUAUCCAGGACUUUUGGGGGGCCUGGAACCUAAGGGGGAGAUGUGGGGAAGCAUUUGGAAGUUUGGAUUUCUUCCUGCCAAGGUGUGUGUCUCCCAGAUGAUGCUGAGGUGGUGCAGUGGGUGGCUCUAAUAAACAGCUGUUGAUCUAAUAAAGGAGAUAAUGAUCCUGG